AUUACUUUCUUUUGUGAAUGUGAUUUCUAAAAAAAAAAAAAAAGAAAAUGAAACAGUUAAAACUUACAGGUUUUGUUAUUUUCUUGUUCUUUUUGACUGAAUCCCUAACCCUGUCCACAAAGCCUCAAGAUGUAGAUGAUGUCAGUAUUACUAAGAAAUUUAUAGAGGAGAAUGUUGGAUAUAUCACCAUCAUCAUAUUUGCUCAAUACAUUCAGGAGGCCUCCUUCGAAGAAGCGGAGAUGUUGGUAAAAACCAUGACAGAAUAUAGAGAUAAAUGCUUGGCUGACAUGACACUCCCAGAGUGUUCCGAAUUAGCUAAUGAUGUUUUACUGGAAAAUAUAUGUGCUUUGGAGGGACUUCCACAAAAGCAUAAUUUUUCACACUGCUGCAGUAAGGUCGACUUGGAAAAAAAACUUUGUUUCUUCCAUCAUAAGAAAGCUGAUGUAGGAUUUCUGCCCCCUCUUCCUACCUUGGAUCCUGAAGAGAAAUGCCAGACUUAUAAAAAUAACAGAGAAUCUUUUCUGAACAAUUAUAUAUAUGAAGUUUCCAGAAGGAACCCCUUUGUUUUUGCCCCUACCCUUCUAACUGUGGCUGCUCGUUUUGAGGAGAUGACUAAAACAUGUUGUGAAGAACAAGACAAAGCUAACUGCUUUCGAACAAAAGCAGAACCUGUCAUACAAUAUUUAAAAGCAUCAUCUUCUUUUCAAAAAAAUGUCUGUGGGGCACUUAUAAAAUUUGGAUUGCAAGUCUUAGAAUCUAUAAAUGUUGCUAUACUUAGUCAAAAAUUUCCCAAGAUUGAAUUUAAGGAACUUACCUCCCUUCUAGAAGAUGUUUCUUCCAAGUACGAUGGAUGCUGUGAAGGGGAUGCUGUGCAGUGCAUCCGUGGCAGGAGCAAAGUUAUGAGCCAUAUUUGCUUAAAACAAGAUUCCAUCUCCAGCAAAAUCAAAGAGUGCUGUGAAAAGAAAAUACCAGAGCGUGGCGAGUGCAUAAUUUCCUCAAAUAAAGAUGACAGACCAAAGGACUUAUCUCUAAGAGAAGCAAAAUUUACUGAAAGCGAAAAUGUGUGUGAAGAACGAGAUGCUAAUCAAACGAGCUUCAUGGCUGAGUUUCUCUAUGAAUACUCAAGGAGACAUCCGGAACUGUCUACACCAGAGCUUUUAAGAAUCGCUGGCGUGUACGAGGAUCUUCUGAAAGAGUGUUGUCACACAGAAAACCCUCCAGACUGUUACCGCCACGCGGAACACAGAUUCAACGAGACAACUGAGAAAAGCCUCAAGAUAGUACAACGAGAAUGUGAACGUUCCCAGAAUUUGGGGAAAGAGGACUUGAAAUACUACUACCUUAUCAAACUCACAAAGAUAGCCCCCCAGCUCUCCACUGAAGAACUGACCUUUCUUGGCAAGGAAAUGGUGACAGCUUUGACCACCUGCUGCACACUGAGUGAAGAGUUUGCCUGCGUUGAUAAUUUGAUGGAUUUAGUUCUUGGAGAGUUAUGUGGAAUAAAUGAAAAUCGGAACAUCAACCCUGAUGUGGACCACUGUUGCAAAACCAACUUUGCCUUCAGAAGGUCCUGCUUUGAAGGCUUGGAAGCUGAUAAAGCAUAUGUGCCUCCAUCUACCUUUCAAGGUUUAUUUACCUUUCACACAGACUUAUGUCAGGCUCAUAAGGAGGAGCUCCAGAGAAAGAAAGACAGGUUUCUUGUCAAUGUAGUGAAGCUAAAGCCUGAGCUUCCAGAUGCGGAGCUGCGGUCAUUGCUUACAGAUUUCACUAAUGUGGUGGUCAAGUGUUGCCAAGCAGAAGGGCCUGAAGCCUGCUUUAAUGAAGAGGGCCCCAAAGUGGCAGCCAAAUGCUAGGCUGCUUGAGAAAUACAAAGUAAAACCCGCCAAAGGUUGUGGGGAAAAGAGGAAACCGACUUGACCUGCUUCCUAUCCGUCCUGUGGUGGAUUUUACUUUCUGAGAAGAACACAGUGAAACGAUUCUUCUGUAACCUUUACCUGAAAUCAUGUUAUUGUAGCAAGCAAUAAACAACAAAAUCAUCAAGUUA